AUGUGCAAUGAGAGUCUGCGGUUGGUGUGUCACUACGCUCAGGAUUCAGAGGUGAAGGCUGGUGCACUAUCGGCCAUUAUGAACAACACGGAGAAGUUCCUGCGUGAACAGACCAUUGCCAAAGCUGUGUUGCAGGUAUUCCGUGCGAAAAUCCGAGCGCGUCGAGAACAGGAGGAACACUACGAUUCAUACGAAACGCUGAGCAUGGCCAAUGUCAACGAGUACAACAGUGUCAAUGGUGUCAACAACAAUGCGCACUUGGUUUCCGGAACGGUUAGUUCUAUUUAUAGCCAUAGUAAAUCUAUAAGUAGAUUCAAUGUGUUUUCUAUAUACCGUUCAAUGAACGUGCCAUGCCGUCACCUAUCUGGAGGGGCAAGUAAGAAAUAA